GUGGAAACGCGGGGCUUUCCCUUCGAGGGGGCCCGGUUCCCCGAGACUCCAGCCUUUUCCUCCCAGGAGGAGGAAGAGGGAGCUUGUGCCGCCGAUGCCGCGAGAACUGAGCCGGGUGCUGGAACACAGGACGCUGCGAGCGCUUCUGCUUCGCUGCCUGCCGUACAGGUGCCUCGGGAGGAAGGGCAGGAGGCUGAGGCAGGUGAAUCACAAGACCAAGAGGAAGCGGAGGAAAUCUGGCAAAGAAGAAGCCUGCAGGCAGCAGCUGCCAGUAGCCAGUCUCAGGAUGAAGAAACCGAAGGAGCCCAGGCAGCUUGUGAGGGUGCCACAGCACAAGUUGAAGGAGCUACUGGAGGUUCUCAAGCUAAUGGCCAUCAGCCCUUGAGGUCGCUGCCUUCGGUACGUCAGGAUGUUAGCCGGUACCAGAGAGUGGAUGAGGCUCUACCACCAAACUGGGAGGCUCGAAUCGACAGCCAUGGUCGGAUUUUUUACGUGGACCACGUGAACAGGACAACAACAUGGCAACGCCCCACAGCCCCUCCAGCCCCACAGAUCCUGCAGAGGUCCAACUCCAUACAGCAGAUGGAGCAGCUGAGGUACCAGAGCAUCCGAAGAACCAUGACUAAUGACAGGCCUGAAGAGCAUACAAAUGCUGUGGAUGGAGCUGGAGAAGAAACUGACUUUCACCAUUCUAAUGCAGAUUUUCGAAGAGAGAAUGUGCUGCCUCACUCUACCUCCAGAUCCAGACUUACUUUAUUGCUCCAGUCUCCCCCUGUGAAAUUCCUUAUCAGCCCAGAGUUCUUUGCAGUGCUGCAUUCUAACCCUAGUGCCUACCGCAUGUUUACAAACAACACGUGUCUGAAGCACAUGAUCACCAAAGUUCGGCGGGACACCCACCACUUUGAGCGCUACCAGCACAACCGUGACCUGGUGGGAUUCCUCAACAUGUUUGCUAACAAACAGCUGGAGCUGCCAAGAGGCUGGGAAAUGAAACACGACCAUCAGGGCAAGGCUUUCUUCGUCGACCACAACUCCCGCACCACCACGUUCAUCGACCCCCGGCUCCCCUUGCAGAGCAGCAGGCCCACGAGCGCCUUAGUCCAUCGGCAGCACCUGACCAGGCAGCGCAGCCACAGCGCCGGCGAGGUCGGAGAGGACUCCCGUCAUUCAGGACCACCGGUUUUGCCAAGACCAUCGAGCACCUUUAAUACAGUCAGCAGAGCCCAGUACCAGGAUGUGGUUCCAGUGGCUUACAAUGACAAGAUUGUUGCAUUUUUGCGGCAACCCAAUAUCUUUGAAAUUCUACAAGAACGUCAACCAGAUCUUACCAGGAAUCAUUCACUCAGGGAGAAGAUCCAGUUCAUCCGGACAGAGGGGACGCCUGGGCUGGUGCGUUUAUCCAGCGAUGCAGACCUUGUCAUGUUACUCAGCUUGUUUGAGGAGGAGAUCAUGUCCUACGUGCCGCCACAUGCCUUACUUCAUCCGAGCUAUUGCCAGUCCCCACGAGGCUCGCCCGUGUCUUCGCCUCAGAACUCUCCAGGUACUCAGCGUGCCAAUGCCCGAGCUCCAGCUCCCUACAAAAGAGAUUUUGAAGCCAAGCUGAGGAACUUUUACAGGAAGUUGGAGACUAAAGGAUAUGGACAAGGCCCAGGGAAAUUGAAAUUAAUCAUCAGGAGAGAUCAUUUGCUAGAAGAUGCCUUUAACCAGAUCAUGGGCUACUCAAGAAAAGACCUGCAGAGAAAUAAGCUCUAUGUCACGUUUGUUGGGGAAGAAGGGUUGGACUACAGUGGACCUUCAAGAGAGUUUUUUUUCCUGGUGUCUAGAGAGCUCUUCAAUCCAUAUUAUGGUUUGUUUGAAUAUUCAGCCAAUGAUACCUAUACAGUACAAAUAAGCCCCAUGUCUGCUUUUGUAGACAAUCACCAUGAGUGGUUCAGGUUUAGUGGUCGAAUUCUUGGUCUUGCUCUGAUACAUCAGUAUUUGCUAGAUGCCUUUUUUACACGACCCUUUUAUAAAGCCCUCCUCCGAAUACUCUGUGACCUGAGUGACCUGGAAUAUCUCGAUGAGGAGUUUCACCAGAGUUUGCAGUGGAUGAAAGAUAAUGAUAUACAUGAUAUCCUAGAUCUCACUUUCACUGUAAACGAAGAAGUUUUUGGGCAGAUCACAGAAAGGGAACUAAAGCCAGGAGGUGCCAACAUCCCAGUCACUGAAAAGAACAAGAAAGAAUAUAUAGAAAGAAUGGUGAAAUGGAGAAUUGAGAGAGGCGUUGUACAACAGACAGAAAGUCUAGUUCGUGGCUUCUAUGAGGUGGUUGACGCGAGGCUCGUGUCCGUAUUUGAUGCCAGAGAACUGGAACUGGUUAUAGCUGGGACAGCAGAGAUUGACUUGAGUGACUGGAGAAAUAAUACAGAAUAUAGAGGAGGUUAUCAUGACAAUCACAUCGUAAUUCGGUGGUUCUGGGCUGCUGUGGAAAGGUUCAACAAUGAACAACGACUGAGACUUUUACAGUUUGUUACAGGCACGUCCAGCAUCCCUUAUGAAGGCUUUGCCUCUCUGCGGGGGAGCAAUGGUCCCAGAAGGUUCUGUGUGGAGAAGUGGGGGAAGAUCACUGCUCUUCCAAGGGCUCACACUUGUUUCAAUCGUCUGGACCUUCCCCCUUAUCCAUCCUUCUCUAUGUUAUAUGAAAAACUGUUGACAGCAGUUGAAGAGACAAGUACUUUUGGACUUGAGUGA